AGAAGAACUGCGACAGUAAAUCGUUGAAGUGAGAUAAGCAAACUCAAUUACAGUGGAACUUCGCUUAACGAGUACCUCUCAUAACGAGCAUUUCGCAUAACGAGUAAAAUAAAUUGUCUCGCUUAACGAUCGAUAUUUCGCAUAACGAGUAACACGCAUAGAGUAAGACCCUUAUUCUCGUCACUCGGUUGUGCGUUGAGACUUUCGUCGCUAGUGCUUUGUCUGUGUGUUUACCACUCACUACGUUAAUGUGUUAGUGACGUUUUUGUUUAGAUAUUCGAUUUUGUAUAAGGUUUAAUAACUAUUCAUAACAUCCCCGACAAAUAAACCACAAGAAACCAACUAUGUAUAAAAGAAGAAAAAUAACCCUUGAAACGAAGCAGGAAAUCAUUGAAAAGCGUGAACAAGGUGUGAGUGUGUCUGAUCUAGCUCGCACGUACAAUCGCUGCACAUCAACGAUUUGCACUAUCCUCAAGAACAAGGAUAAGAUUAAAUACGUAGAUGCAUCAAAAGGAGUGACAAGAAAUUCUACCCAACGGUUACGAAUUCUCAACGAUAUUGAAAGGCUUCUUAUCAUAUGGAUAAAUGAAAAGCAAUUACAACACGCAACAAUUAACGAAAACACCAUUUGUGAGAAAGCAAAAGUAAUUUUUGCCGACCUUGUUAAGAAAACACCAGGAUCAUCAACGGCCGAAGAAACAGUAUUUAAAGCUAGUCGUGGAUGGUUCGAAAAGUUUAAAAGAAGAACCGGCAUCCACAGCGUUGUGAGGCAUGGUGAAGCUGCAAGUUCUGACACAAAGGCUGCCGAAAUUUUCAUCGAUGACUUCAAGAAGCUUGUAGAUACUAAAGGUUAUCUCCCACAACAAGUAUUUAAUUGCGAUGAAACGGGUCUCUUCUGGAAAAAGAUGCCGAAGCGAACGUACAUAACAGUAGAAGAAAAUGUAUUGCCCGGCCACAAGCCAAUGAAAGACCGGCUCACGCUGCUAUUUUGUGCUAAUGCAAGCGGCGAUUUAAAACUUAAACCGCUAGUUGUUUACCACGCAGAAACUCCACGAGCCUUCAAAAAAUAUAAAAUCCAAAAGAGCAAGUUAAAUGUGAUGUGGAGAUCCAACAACAAGGCUUGGGUGACACGCGAUAUUUUCAGUGACUGGAUCAAUAAAGUGUUUGGUCCUUCUGUGAAAAAAUAUUUGUUAGAGAUGAAUUUACCACUCCAAGCUUUACUUGUAAUGGACAACGGACCUGCUCAUCCCCCAGGCCUACAAAACGAACUCCUUGAAGAAUUUAAUUUCAUCAAAAUCCUUUUUCUGCCUUCCAAUACCACUCCGUUACUUCAGCCUAUGGACCAGCAGGUUAUUUCCAAUUUCAAAAAACUUUACACUAAAAUACUCUUCGAACGUUGUUUUGAGGUCACUAAAGAGACAAACCUCACUCUCGAAGAGUUCUGGAAAUAUCACUUACAUAUCGUUGCCUGCCUCAAAAUAAUUGAUAAGGCGUGGGAAGGGGUUACUAAAAGGACCCUCAUUUUGGCCUGGAAAAAACUUUGGCCGGAGAGCGUUGUUGAAUGUCAUUCUGAGAAGGUUGAUACACUAGAUGUAGAGCCUCUAGUCAACGAGAUUGUAUCUUUAGCCAAUACCAUUGGACUGGAGGUAAAUAGCAAUGAUAUUGAUGAACUUGUGGAAGAGCAUAAUCAAGAUUUGACCACCGAAGAACUUACAGAAUUGCUCCGUCUAUCACAGCAAGAAGAUGAGGAGGAAAGUGUUUCAGACAAGAAAACACUAAAGGAACCAUCAUCCGAUGCAAUUAAAGAAAUGCUAAAAGCAUGGGAAAAUGUUGCGUCAUUCUUUGAAAAACAUCACCCUAAUGAGGUUGUGGCUAUGCGAGCUGCAAAUUUAUUUUACGACAAUGCGGUGUCACAUUUUGAACAAAUUUUGAAGCGCCGAGGAAAGCAAACAGCCACAAAGCAAGAUUAAGCCCUAGAUGGCUUUCUAGUAAAAAGGGAUUAGGUUUUUUCAAUACGGUACAGAAGAAAAGAUAAAGAUUAUUUCGUUCGUUAACAAUUUAUGUGUAACUAGAUAGAUAUUUCUUUAAAUAAACGUUAUA